AGUUGUCAUAAAUCAUAACCUCAAAAAUAACAAUCUCGUUUUAUAACAUUUCUUUAUUAAAAAUAUCCUUUACGGUGUUCAACAAGUAAAUAUUUAAAUACGUGCUUUAGUUAAUGAAAUCCAAAAUAGCUACCUAAUUCACGUGAUCCCGAAAGGGGAGCUUAGUUAUCAGUAAAUGACUGUUGAUAGUCCCCUACGUAAUUUGUGAUAAAAUUAAUUAUUCUCGGUUUAUAUCUCCCAGUUAUGUGUCUCCUCGUGGGACAAAUGACUCGAUUUAACGUUGAUUUCGUGCACAACACCGGUUGACGACAAUAAAUUAUCUGUUUAAAUUAAAUAUCGAAAUUUGUUUGUUCACUCGAAAAUGUUGUGUUUAUAUUUUGGUGGGUGUAAUAAAAUAAACAUUACCGCUUAACCCUGUUGCGGAACACGUGAUCGAACAAAGCUAUUUAGGUGAUUGUUUCGGGACAUAUGAUCGAACGAAGCUAUUUAGGUUAUCAAUAUUUAUAUUACAGACACGUUAAUUUUAAUAUUCAUCAGUUUAUCUGAAGUAUACCUAAUAGGAGGAUAGACUUAACGUCUAUCAUCGAAGUAUAUAUGGCGUAUUUUUAUAAGAUAGAAGUGAUUGUAAUUACCUUGAAACCAAUGUCAAUAUCAACGACAUGGUACAAGGUUACAGAUUUUGUUUUUCUGUGACAAUAACUAGGAAGUUGUAACGUGGAGUCCGAGACAGAAAUGUAAUAGAUAAGUGCCAAGUGUGUUUUGUUGAUUCAGUUUUGGUUCUAUUUUUGGAUAUUUAGGAAAUAAUGACGUCUCGCAAUGUCUUUUUGCCAACAGAAACAAUCAACAAACUGAAAUGCGAUCUAUGCCGCGGAUACCUUUCAGUACCCCCGAUAUACUCGUGCAAAGACAAAUACGCUUGCGGAAGAUGCAACCCGGAAUGGGAACGAAACGUCAUCUACGAAGAAUUGGCCCAAUACAUGAUAUUCCCUUGCGUUUUCUGCGAAGUGGGUUAUCCUUGGGGCGCUGUCCAAUACCACGAAGAAAAAUGCCGGAGGUACAGGUUGAUAUGUCCGCCGAUUAAUUCGAAACGGGGCCCGAACCGGGGGCAGUACCACCAGAAAUGUUGGAAACAAAAUGUCCGUUGCCCUUUCGAUCUUUGUCUCGACAACAUCGACGUCAACGAUAUCCUAAAACAUUUCGACAAACACCAUCCGGAUUACGUUUUCGCCGAUACCGUGCGAGCUAGGAAAAUUUUCAAAGAGGAAAAAGUGUGGAAUUUCAAUCCGGAAACCAACGUUUGUUUAUUGGUAUCGAACAACAUACCGCUGUUGCUUUUCAUCCACAACGAAUGCCAUUUCGACGAAACCACGGGGGACAUUCUACAUUACAAUUAUUAUUUCGCGCUGUUCACUUUUUGCACGGAAAAAUUUGAUUUGAAAUAUUCGGUUAACGUCGAAUUGUACUCGCGAGGCGCCUUGGAUUACAGCAAAACGUUGAAAAAUCAAGACAUCAAGAGUUUCAACGGCAAAAUCCACUGCGCGAGUUUCUUCCGUCAGGAUCUGUUCAAAUUGAACAGCUUCGAUUUCGCCACGACGAAAUUUACUAAAUUGGAACGAAAAGACGGACUGGUACUGACUUAUUCGGUGAACGUGACGGAUGGCGCCGUACAAAUGUCGCCGGAAAAACGAUCGGACCAAUCGAAAGGCAUAGAAAAAUAUAUAGAGUGUCCCAUUUGUAAGGAGUACAUGUGCGCGCCUAUUUACAAUUGUUCCGCCGGUCAUACGAUUUGUAAACAGUGCAGAAACAAAUUGAGUUUGUGUCCUUAUUGUCAAGCGGUGUUGGGAAAUUCGAGGAAUUACGUUUUGGAAGAUAUAUCGGAAACGGUGACCUUGAAAUGUCAUAACGAACAUAAAGGUUGCGUAUUUACAAGUAAAGUGCGCGAAAUUAAAUUGCACGAAGUUAGUUGUACGUUUAAUUGAUGUCGGUGUUGUAUUAAAUUGUUGGAAUAUUU